UCCUUCCUAUUGAUGCUAUGUAUUACGAGUAUGGCAGCUGUUGUAUAUAUAGAUCCCUUCGAGUGUCCCAUUGUUUUUUCUUUUUGCUGCCUUCUGCGGUUCGGUCGGACUCUGUAUGCGUUCUGUACUGUCUUCAGAGUCUUUCUUGCUCUCGAACUCAGCUGCAGGCAGAUGUUGGCUUUGACGUUCUGAUAUUCGUGCUGCCAAUUGAGUGAGGUCGAAGAACUCGGGGUUUUUGAUCUGCAGCAGAAUUGGUUAUUCUCUUAGUGGAGUCUGCUGUCUUCAUUUUUUGUUUAAGAAAACCUAGGAGGAAGAAUCCCUUUCCAAGUCUGUUAUGGCAAAACGGCUGAGCUCGGAGCUGUUUGUCAGCAGAUUAUCAUUUUACACUACGGAAGACGGACUAAGAAAGCUGUUUUCACGCUUUGGUAUGGUCAAGGAAGCCAGGAUAGUCAGAGAUCCAAGAAAUGGGAGGCCUAAAGGAUUUGGUUUUGUCUCGUAUGACUCAGAGACUGAAGCGCACAAGGCAUUGAGUGGAUUGAAUGGCAGGAUAAUUGAUGGGAGGUUGAUUUUUGUGGAGUUUGCGAAGAAGCACGAGGGAGGGCCACAAAAAGAUCAGAAGUAGGUCUUUCUGCUAGAUUUCUCGUUUCUUGAGAUAUGAGACGUAGCUUCUUUCAUGUAGUUUAGGUGGGGAGUCCAUUUGGUAGUUAAGAAAUGUAUCAUCUAUUGCUUUAUUAUUACUAAUGCACUAUCAUCAUGCAUUAUCACUAGUUUAGUUAAAAGUGAAGCCUGAGACUUGAGUACUUUCUUUCUUCUCAUGAUUCGAAAUGCAAUUUGCAUUUCAUGUUGCGAAGUGAAGAUAGCUCUUUUUUUUUUUUUUUUUUUUUUGCUUCAAGAAGUGAAGAUAGUUACAGGGAAGGGAAGGUUACUAUCUUCAUUCUUGUAUGUAUAUUCAAUUCAUUUCAAGAUUUGUCAUCUUUUCUUUUUCAUCCAUCCCUUGGUGAAAAGGGAACUUCCGGGCCCUGUAUUGUUCAACUCUCCUAUCAUGUAUAGUAUCUUGGCCUCUUUCAUUGCCCCCUGGACAGGCUUAUAUGCGAAAUAAUAUGUUCAACCCAUCAUGAUUUGUUU